AUGUUUCGGAAACCUACAAAAAAGGCUGCUUUUCGCAAGAGGACAGGUAGCACUGAUGAUAAGGAAGACUCUGGAACAGCGGAAGCGUCGCCAAGCGCAUCACGAAAGGAAGCAGCUUCGUCGAAGUCCAACGAAGACGAUGCCGUAGAUUCGCCGGUACCAAAACCACCAGCUCUUCUUAGUUUUGACAACGAUGAAGGAGCUGAUGCGGACUUUGUUUUGAAGAAAAAUAAGAAGAAAGUGAAAGAACUCAAGAAGCUGGCGAAGCUGGAAGAAGAGGCGGAACUCGAGCGACAACGCGAAGAGGAUGAACGAAGAGAACGUGAACGAAAGGAAAGGGAAAAGAGGAAGAAGGAAAAAGAAAAGCAUAAACAGAAGGAUACAAGGGACUCAAGAAGUCGGUACCUGGACAAGUAUCGUGAUUGUUCGAGCAAAGUCAAACCACCCCUUCCUGAUAGCGACGAUGAAGUUGAUGAGGCGCAUUCUAAAUUUCCAGGAACAAUGUCAGCUAUCCCUGAUUCUCGAGCUGUAUAUGAGGCGAAGAAACGUCGUGAGCGUUUGAGAAGAGAGGGAGCGGAUGGUAUGAUCCCGCUGGAUGAUGAUCAAAAACUGGUCGAGAAAGGUGUGCGGUCACGGCUAAUACGAGAAGAUGAAAACGAUGAUUCUGACGAGGAAGCACCAAAAUUCUAUUCGUCGAAAGAUCUGCUAAGAGUGGAAGAAGAACGUCGUCGAGAAGAGCAGGAUCAUUUCUUGGAACAGGAGCAGGGCGAUGAAAGAGAUGUCGAUGAUGAGGCUGAUGAGUGGGAGAAGCAGCAAAUUCUCAAAGCUGUUGGGAGACACACGAUUGGGCAAAUACGAGCUGAUUAUGACAAUUCUACGAAAAUGUAUCGCCAGAGGAUGCAGGAGCUAGCGAUUCCUGAAGCUACUGACAUGGAUAUCGAUAUGGACGGUAUUGUAGAGAGCUUCAAUCGAAAAAGUAUCGGUCCAACGAAUACGGGUGGUACUGUAACUGUGGAUGACAUAUUAGCGAAGCUGAAGUCGUAUGUUGUUGAUCGCGAAGAAAGGCUGAAUGCAAGGAGGUAUGAAGUAACGAAAAUUGAACAAUCUAUUGAAGAGAAUAAGGAAACAAUGAAAAAGAUUGAAAAUGAUAUGCCCGCCUUGGCAAACAAGUAUACGAUGUACCAGGAACUACGUCUUUACUCGAGGAGUCUUUUGGAGUGCCUCAAUGAAAAGGUCGCUGAAAUAAACGAACUCGGCGACAAACGCCAAAAUCUAGCAAAGGCAAAAAUGGAACGAUUGGCCAGACGUCGUAGACGAGAUAUACGUGAUGCUUAUAAUGACUGCGUUUCCGCUGCAGCGGGCAAGAAUCCUUCAUUGUUGAGAACCCCGGAUGUAAUGAUACGAGUGGCUGAGAGGGAUGCGAGGCGAGCGAGAAGGCGUAGAGAACGAGAAGGUACUCUUACUGGCAUUUCGCACGAGGAAGGACUUAGCAGCGAUGAUGACGAACCAACUAGCCAGCAACUUGCUGACCAGGAAGCAGCAACUGAGAUUGAUACGGCACUUCGUAUGGUAUUUGUCGACGCCCUAGAUGAUUAUGCUCGCUUAAGGAAAGUGCUAGACAGAAUGAUUGAUUGGUUCGCUGUUGAUGGGACAACGUUUCAAGAUGCUUAUGUGCAGCUAUGUAUCCCAAAAUUGGCUUCACCGUAUGUGCGAAUACAACUCAUCACGGCAGAUAUUCUGAAUCGGGACGACUUCCUUCUUUCUUCCAUGCCGUGGUACAUAGACUGUGUGCAAGCGGCUGAGGCUAACACCGAUGUCGAUCCGAAGCACGAAAUCAUCACCGGACUUAUACCAUCAAUAAUUGAGAAGGUAGUGCUUCCCUUCCUAACAGAUGUCGUGACUUUCGAAUGGGAACCUAUGUCACUGAAACAGUCGAAACGGUUAGGAGCAGUGCUUAGUGGACUGUCCGAUUACCCUAAGCUCAAUGUUGAGGAUAGCAAAGCGUUUGCAGCUUUGGCAAUUGCUGUAAAAACAAAAAUCAGUCAAGCUAUAGAUGAUGAUCUGUUCGUACCGAUAUAUUCGAAACAAUCUAUAAAAAAUCCAUCGACUGGGUGUGCCGCUUUUCUCGAUCGGCAGUAUUGGGCGGCGAUUAAGUUGCUCCGAGGGCUAAAAUCGUUUUCAUCGUUCCUCAAUCCUGCAACGCGACUGGAACUGGUAUUAGACGGUGUCGUUAAUCGGGUAUGUGUUGUAGCAUUAGAGACUGGUCUACUCGAUGAUGCAUCAUGCGAAAGAAAGGUUCGUGCUCUUCUUGGUGAAAUCCCUGAAGAAAUGAUUGCAACUGCGAAACCUGAUUCUUUCCGUAAUCUCAUACGCUGUCUAGGACGAGUAGUAGAUGAACAGAAGGCAGCGGGAAGGAGUUACUAUAGAGAUGUGCGAAAAUAUCUGGAAAAACUACAAGCAAAGGAAAAGAAGGCUUCCGAGUGAUACAGCUGUUAUAUAUACGCACCGUUAAAAUAACUAAUAAAUUAU